UUAUCAUAAUUAUAUAAAUAUCCUCCACCACAAAAUGCUGCACAGAGGUAAUGCUAUGCAGCAUUUUUAUUUGCGGUUUCAUUAAAUCAUCUGUGAAUAUUUUUUUCUUUAGGGACGAUAUAACUCUGCAUAUUAUUAGUGGAAAGCCGGCUAAUGUACAUUGAUGUCAAGUUCUCAUGUAUAUAGGGAUCCAAUGCUAAUGUAAUCAGCACCUUUGCAGGUCGGUCUAUAAUGGAGAAAGUAAUGUGGUUUUGGUGAAGUGUCCUAAAACGUAGUGUGUAUUAUGUGUGCAAUGCGGUAGUUAUUACCAGGAAGCUAUAGGCCAUUUCUUAACAUUACGCGUACCUCUAUAUCACUGACUGAGACCUAACUUUAAUUUAGAAGAGGAGGGCUCUGCAGCAUUUUACAUGGAUAGUCAUCUGCUCUACCAGUUUGCGUUUGUGGUUCUUGUUACAUCGACUGCAUGGUCCACAGUCGAGACUUUGGAAUGUAUCUCUUGCAUUGCUUACCAAAUAACCGGCAAGGACAUGGGGACGAAGGACCGGUUAGACAAACAGUUUGCGGCUUGGUAUGACUCCGAUUGUGCCAGAAACCCGACCGAGGUAGCCAGAACCGUGUCAUGCGAUGGCUCGUGUAUACAGAGUACGUUUACGGCGAGGAUUGCCCGGCAGGACCAAAUGAAUUCGCUCCAGAAGUCUGAACCAAUGGAAGUACACUUUUUUCUGCGAACCUGCAAUCCUAUAAAAAGCGCCAGAUCGGGAUGCAAGCAGCUGUCUGCAAACGCAUUGCCAAGUGUCCUACAGUAUCUUAAUGUUCUCUUUAUGAUUGGUUUAGAGGGCACAGCACGCACUGGUAAAGUUUGUUACUGCAACUCUGAUAGGUGCAAUGAAGACACGACAGUAUUGGACACGUUAGAGAGAGGAAAGCUCCGCUUAUGCCAUGACUGUUUAUGGAUGAAAUAUUCAUCCGAUGACACCGUUUUGGAGAGAGACUUGCAGGCAAAGUUUGGUUCGAGAAACGCUACGAGACACGACGAGAAUUGCAGGGUAGUAACGCACGCGACGCCGUCCUCCAUGUGUAACGGCGCGUGUGAGACCACGGAAAUCAGAGUACAGUUAACAACAAAAGCACGACAUUUAGGAGGAACCAAAAACGCGGACCUAUACUUGGUGAACCGAUAUUGCACCGGCAUCAAAACAACGCCGUCUUCUCACUGCCAAGAUAUUUCUGGCAGCGAGCCAGUCGUCAAACAAUUAUUGCCAGUUGAGAAGAUGGAAAACAGUGAUCUCACUUUUACUGGAGCCGUGGCUAGUAUUUGUACCUGCGACAGCCACAGUUGCAAUGACGUUAGCCGGGUGUCAUUGACAUCGGCGGUCAGCAGUUGCUCUUUUUAUCCACGGGUGGUUAUGAUGUUGACUGUGCUUGUCGUUUUAACAAAUUUUUAUUGGUAGCGAAGUACAAAGGCCUACGCGGCACCUGCUGUACAUGUUCUGUUAUUCUUUAUAAAGUUUGGAAGCAUUCUGUCAAACUGAAAAGAUUUCUUUCUUGUAUUUCACUUUUCAAA